AGGGUGACAAACACAGAAGCUGUUUCAUUUCCUUCCCUAAGCUCUGAAAUAAUCCCCCUUCUCUCUCUCUCUCUCUGCAUAUUCCUCGCAUCUCUGGAAAUUCGAAUUCCAUUAUAUGAGUUCAAUUUGAAUUUCCACAUUCUCAGAUUCCUAAAUUCUUCCACCUUUUCGCCGUUUCUCACUUUCAAUCUGAGUUUCUUUUUGUGUGUGAGGAGUUGGAAUUGAGUUGUGGCGACUGUGGAUCUGAAUCCAACUCUCGGAUCAAUGAGCCGACCAUAGCUCCGCCUCAUUGUUCUAAUUCGAUUCGACUCUGUGUCGAGUUUGACAGAGGGUAGGGCAAAUUUAUGAACAACGGGAUGAUAGAAUGCAGUGUAUGCCAUUCAAAGUUGGUUCCCUCGAAUAGUAAAGCUUUCUCUAAGGCUUAUGACCGGCACAAGAGUAGGCUAUCGUCCAAGCAGCGUGCUCUCAAUGUCCUCUUGGUCGUUGGUGAUUGUAUGCUAGUUGGUUUGCAGCCAAUUCUGGUUUAUAUGUCCAAGGUGGAUGGAAAAUUUGAUUUUAGCCCGAUUAGUGUCAACUUUUUGACGGAGGCUGCAAAGGUUCUAUUUGCUGUUGUUAUGCUCUUGUUGCAGGCUAAGAAUCAGAAAGUCGGGGAGAAGCCUCUUCUCUCGAUUUCUACAUUCACACAGGCAGCUCGGAACAAUGUGCUUCUUGCUGUUCCAGCAUUUCUAUAUGCUAUUAAUAACUAUUUAAAGUUCACCAUGCAGCUGUAUUUUAAUCCUGCUACAGUGAAGAUGUUGAGCAAUCUGAAGGUGUUGGUUAUUGCUGUUCUCCUGAAAAUGAUAAUGAAACGCCGAUUUUCCAUAAUUCAGUGGGAGGCCCUUGCUUUGUUGCUCAUCGGGAUUAGUGUAAAUCAGUUGCGAUCUUUACCUGCAGGUUCCACUGCUUUAGAUCUAACAAUUUCGACUGGCGCAUACAUAUACACGCUGAUCUUUGUAACAGUUCCAUCCCUGGCUUCUGUCUACAAUGAGUAUGCUUUGAAGAGCCAAUAUGACACAAGCAUAUACCUUCAGAACUUAUUUUUAUAUGGGUAUGGUGCUAUAUUCAACUUUCUAGGAAUAGUGGUAAUGGCCAUCGUCAAAGGUCCAAGUAGCUUUGAUAUCCUUCAUGGUCAUUCAAAAGCUACAAUGUUUCUGAUAGCAAACAAUGCAGCGCAAGGAAUACUGUCUUCUUUUUUCUUCAAAUAUGCAGAUACAAUUCUAAAGAAGUACUCAUCCACUGUAGCCACUAUCUUCACAGGCAUAGCAUCUGCUGUGCUAUUUGGUCAUACUUUGACUAUGAAUUUUGUUUUAGGAAUUUCUAUUGUCUUCAUCUCCAUGCACCAGUUCUUUUCUCCUAUUUCAAAAGCCAAAGAUGAAGAACAAAAUGGGAAGCUAGAAUUGGUAGAUGUCCAUGAUGAUCACAGGUCAAAGGAUUCCUUUAUAAAUAUGGCAGCAGGAGCAAACGAAGAGGCUAGUCAUCGUGUAGGCUCUGACGAAAGACAGCCACUUCUACCCACCUAAAGUUAUUGGAGUUUUAUUCUUUGGAAGGAAUUCUUUUGGCAGGAAUUAAAUGACACAAGAUAAAAUGAGGUUCCUCAAAAUCCAAUAACUAAUCUAAGGAUAAAUACUUUACUGUUUUUGGGGAUCCCUUUCUGAUGUCGCAGGGUUUCCCUAAGUUGGUGUGUAAAGCAGUGUAUAAACGAGCUUGUAUUAUACAUGCCAUACAGUGAUCCCAAUUUUUGCUCAGAAGAUUUGGAUAGAGAAAAUAGCAACAUGGGUGAUGGUGUUGUCCACAGUUAUUGGAUUCGUACCUCUGUCUUAGCUACCAAUUCUUUUACCUUGGACCACAGAUAUUUUCACCACAUGUCAUUUUUGGCUUUUGUUUUAUUUUGUAAUUUUUAGUUUAUUUUUUUUCGUACAAAAUUAGAUUUUGUGUUGCUAUGGGACAACUAUCUGGAAAUAAUGAAUAUGUUCUUUUUCCCUCUUUA